GCCUAAUUUCUCCGGUGCCCGCCGCAUCAGUUUCGAGGAUUCUUCUCUGGAAUGAUACAAGGGCAUAAAACAUUGGAUGAACACCGGCAAACAACACUUUCGUUUUAAUGAGCGAGCUGUUUCGGGUUUCACUACAAAGUUUCGGGACACUUCGUAAGAGGAAAUACAACCAUCGUGUGUUUUGCAGAUUCAACCCCGUCACAGGUAAGGCUACGUCAAAUAUUGAUGAUCCUGAAGCUCAACCCUGUAUGAGAUGCGCUCGCCUGCCAGGUAAACUUUUAAAUGUAAUAAGCGCACACAGCGCAGUCCUUCGUUCUAAGGACAUGGUCCUAUGGAUAUCUUGUGGGACGGGCCGGACAGGCUAACUCCGGUGGCUCAAUAACGCCAGUGGCUAUGCCGGUUCAUGCCGAUAAUGCUUA